AUGGAAUUAAUGAGUGUUAAUAACUAAAAUAAAAUGAAAUUCAAUUUAAUCAGUGAAUUAAAGGCAAUUAAACCUGGUAAUUUGAGAGAUUUCAUCUGCGGUAUUGAGCUAGAGCUCGAAAAUAAUAACAAUAAUGAUGCUAGACUGCCUGUUGAUAUCAUUUGCUUAAUCGAUAACAGUGGGUCAAUGGCUGGUAAAAAGGCUCAGUUAGUUAGAAAAUCUCUUAAAUAUUUACUAAAAAUUCUAGAAAAAGGGGAUCAGAUUAGCCUUGUUUCCUUUUCAUCUACUGCUAAAACUUUGUGCCCACUUACCUAAGUAAAUGACGAAAAUAAAUAGUAAAUAAAAUCAGCGAUAAAAUAAAUUAAUGGCUAAGGAGGUACUUUUGUAAUUCCAGGAUUUAAAGAGGUUACUAAAAUUCUUAAUUCAAGAAAAGAAUAAAGAGAGCAAACAUUUAUCCUUUUGCUAACAGAUGGAGAAUUUGGAGAUAUAGAUUCUGGGAAGGUUAUUUAAAAUAUUAAUAGACUUUUCACUUAAUCAGAAAUACAGAAGACUCCUUAUAUCUAUACCUAUGGAUACGGAGAUGAUGUUAACCCAGAGAUACUCUAAGAAAUAGCUCAAAAAUUCUAAGGAAAGUAUUGCCUAAUUUCAAAUGUGUAGUAAGUUACCGACUGGUUUUUACUUUCUGUUAGCAGUUUUUUAAAAUGCUCUUGUAAAGAAUUGUCUAUCAAAAUCAAAGAAGUUAGAAAAGACUUAGCUUAUAUCAAGCAAACAAUUGGAGGAGAAAUCAUAUGGAGAUAACAAAACUAUUAAACAAGAGAAUUUGAAAUUUACAUUCCCUUACUCAUUCCUGGAGACAAAAAGUGUUUUGUUUUUCAAUGCUCAUUAGACAGCGGUUCUUAAGCAAAUAAUCUUAAUAACAAAAUCAUAGUCCUUGAGGCCUAGAUUAACUAUCAAAGUAUAGAUAAUAAAGGAGAAAAAUAGACUUGUACUUUAAAUAGCAAUCUCGCUAUUUAGCUUUUAUCUGAUGUGGAAUAGUAAAAAUAAGACAUGGAGAUAGAGUAAAGUAACCCUGAAAUAAUAACUUCAUUGCAAGAGCCUUACUAUGAAAAUUUGAUAGUUACAUUCUACAGAGGUCUUGGUGGCAAAGCUAUAAAGGAAUCCUCAGAUAUCAUCUAGUCUGAAUAGAAUUACUCCAAAGCAAAAGAAAAUCUAAAUUCUUUUAAGUAAACCCUAAAUUAAGUAUGUAAGAAUUUCCUUGACAACAAAGGAAUUCAGCAUCUGCUUGAAGACAUCGAAAAAGCUUUAACUGGCUGUGAUCCUAGAAAGUACUAUAGAGGACACUUUUAAAAAAUGAAUGCAGUUCACGAGAGAAGAAGUCGCUCUAAUUCCCAUGAUGAAGAUUGGAAUUAAGAAAACAAAGAAGCUAUACGCAGGUACAGAAAUAGAGAAAUCGCCCUAAGUGAUUCAGAUAGGAGCAUCAGUAGAAGCAAAAGCAGAUCGAACAGUAGAAAUAGAUAUGCUAAAAGAGCUGGCAGUAGCUUAAGCAGAAGUAAAAGUAGAAGCAUCAGCAGGAGUUACAGUGAAAGUCUAAGCAGAAGCUACAGCAAGGACUCAGGUAGUAGCGAAAGUUAAACAAGUGAUAACAAAAAUAAUAACAAUUAACAUUAUUAAAGAAAUAAUAGAUUUAGAAAUAAUAAUAAUAGGUCAAGGUUAAACUAAGUCUCAGCAAAAAGAUCAAGAUCUAAUUCUAGAUCUUAACAAAGAUCUAGUUCAAGAAAUAAUCGCAGCUAUUCGCCAAGAAAAAGAAGUGUCAGCUAUUCUAGACAAAGACGCAAUUAUUCACCAAUAAGAAAUCGUAGUCAAUCCCCAAGAAGGAAUAAUAACUAAAGGUAAUAUUCAAGGAAAUACAAUAGAAAUAACUUUAAAAGUCAGUACAGAAGAAGUGUGAGUAGAUCAAGGUCUGAUUCAAGGUCAAGAAGCUACAGUAGAGAAAAUAACAGAAGACAAAGAAGAAUCGGUUACAGAAGAUACUGA